ACUCCCCCGGUGGCCCUCCUCUCGAACGUCGGCUCCUCCUUCUCUCGCCUCUGUCUCCUCCACCGGCGGCCGGUGACCGCCCCCGGCACCACCAAGGUACCUGGAGGAGAACACACCAUCACUUUUUAUGUCCUAAAGAUGCGAUUUUUCUAGUUUCCCUCGAUCUCUCAUCCCUCAUCUGUAUCUGGGUCGGUUGAAAUUCGGACUGUAUUGGCAUGUGCUUUUGGCUUUUCCAAUUUUUUACAAUUCCGACUGUAAUGUUUAUAGUUUGAGUGCAAUCUUCAAAGCCCUCUGACAUUGAAGCAUUGCUUCAUGUGUCCUAGCAUCUGUAUCUCUCCGAAGCGUAGCCAACUAUGCUGAGAAGGAUAAGAUUGCAGAUUUUUCACAUGGAAAGGCUUAAUUGCCGCCUCAUUGGAAGCUACCCUUUUGCUUGUUCUUCUUCUUCUUCUGGAGCAUUGAGUGUAGGAGUGGAUGGUGAUGAUGAGUUGUAUUCGGACGUGCCGAGGCCUCCGAGGCGGAAAACCGAGAGGAAGCCUUUUGUGACCCCCAUGAAAGAGCUGAUUCGGAUGGCGAAGGAAGAGAGAGAAGCUCGAAAGCUGCAGCCUUGUCGCAUGCUCGAGUACCCGCCAGAGAACGGAUUGCUCGUUCCCGUGCUCGUCGAGGUGGCUCGCCAUGUCUAUCACGCUCGAGAGUCCCUACUCAAGGGUUUAUCGGAACUCGUCAAGGUUGUUCCGGUGCAGCGUUGUAGGUUCUGUUUUGAAGUUCAUAUUGGUCAUUAUGGCCACGAGAUCCGCACAUGCACUGGUCCAAAUAGUGGUCUUCGUAGCGCUACUCAUGUAUGGAGAAAGGGGGGCGUUCAAGAUGUCAUAUUUUUCCCCAAGUGUUUCCAUCUCUAUGAUCGUGUUGGGAAACCGAGAGUUGGGCACGACGAGAGGCACAGUGUCCCACGAAUCCCUGCUGUUGUAGAGCUUUGUAUACAAGCUGGCGUAGACCUUGAAAAAUUUCCCUCAAAGAGAAGAACAAAACCUGUGUAUUGUAUCGAGGGAAGAAUUGUAGAUUUUGAGUCCAUAAGUGAAACACACAAAAUAGACAUCGACAUGGUUGCUGAAUCAGUAAUUGAGAGGGAUGAAUUGGGAAGGGAUAUAGUUCCAUCGAGAACCAGCCCUAUUGAAGAAAGUAAAUUUGACCUUUGGAGUAGUUCAACUGAUGAAGUCAAAAACAUAAAGCAAUUGAGUAUGUGGACACUGGAGUCGUGGUUUGAAAUGAUGGAAGGAGUGAAAAAAAUAAUGGAAAGUUAUACUGUGUGGACCUGCGGGUACUGUCCUGAGGUUCAGGUGGGUCCCAAGGGCCAUAAAGUCAGAAUGUGCAAGUCAUCAAAGCACCAAUCUCGCAAUGGUUUGCAUGCCUGGCAGGAAGCAACAAUAGAUGAUAUUGUUGGCCCUAAUUAUGUCUGGCAUGUCCGGAAUUUAAACGGGCCAGCUUUGAAUAACAACUUGAAGAGGUACUAUGGCAAAGCUCCUGCUGUGGUAGAGCUUUGUGUGCAGGCUGGUGCCCCAAUACCCGAUUGCUAUCGAAGUAUGAUGAGGGUGGAUGUCGUCCGUCCUGACAGUGAUGAAGUUGAUCUUGUUGCUUAAGAAGUUAUCAGUAAGGCAGAAGUUGGAUGUAAACUUCUGGGUACUAUGGUGCUAUUGAGCGAUUAUUGUGGGAAAUGCUUUUGGUACGCUGCUGGUGAAGAAAGUAUUGACAAAAGAUGUUCUUGAUGGCUGAAGAUGUGCUUGACCUGACCGUUGAAACAAUAUGAAUUAUGAGUUACUGCCUCAUUAUGCGGUAACCUUCUUGAACUGCUGUCUCAAAAGCAUUAGAUAGAUUGUUUCAACUGGUGAUGAAGCUCUCUAAUUGGGGGUUCAAUCUGGGAGUUCAAAUGGAACAUGUGGAACCUGAACUAGUCCCUUUUUUUGGCAAAUGGGUAGCACAAGAGUCAAAUUUACUGCAAUAUAUUGGAGAGUUUCACCUGAGCAUAUUCUUAAUGAGUCCACACUGGGUGUUCUUUCAUGUGUGUAUGCUUCUUUGAUGUUUCCAUACUGUUUUAUAGUCCAUGAUAAGAUUCCUUGAUUCAUGGGUUUGUGAACUAUGUACCUCUCUAGGAAUUUUGUAGGCUUUUUGGCUGAGUCUUCCAGGAUACAAUUUUCUUUUCCCUAUCCAACAUUCACUUCUUUCAUUACACGCCACAAUUGUGCGUCAGUCAAGUAAACCUUCAGCUGCUCACUGCUCAGCAUGGUCAAAUUUCAUCAUCACGUUUAUGGUUUUCAGACCAUGCAGGAACAUUUCAUUACUGGCAUGUUUGCUUUGAUAGGAGCUUUUUGGUUGUUAUUCAUCUGUCAUGGUAAAUGAUGACUUUAUAGUAGGCUAUGUUCUUUUGAAUGUUACAUGCCAAGAGUUGGCUGUGUGCCUUAUGACAGUUGAUUCGUUUUGAUUCGAUGCGAUUCAGGGCUUCAUCGUAUUCCUGAAUUAGGGUUUGUUCUUCCCUAUCUUUAUAUUCCGGGCUCUCGGAAACAGCAGCAGCAGCAGCGAUCGGUCUCUGUGCACAGGCGGCGGCGACUGGACCUCGAGCCUUCGUCUCAUGCUGAUGAAAGUAGUUCGGAACUUACUAGGAACUUGGACACACCAUUGCUUGGUGCUGGACCACAGAGUAAAGGGGUCCAAAGUUCCGAGCCGAGCUUCGAGGUCCAACACUCCAAUCAUGAGCACUAGUAUGGAUAGAAUCGUGUCGUCGAGAUUUAGACAGACACCGCAGAAUCUUCCGCAAGUGAUCAGUGCUGGUGCUUCUGCAGCUGCAAAAUUGUUGAUUUCAAGUGGGAUGUCACUUACUGGUGGUCAUGCUUCUGAUUUGACAACGGUGUUUGACGAGAUUUCAAAUGCAGAAGCCGGUACCGUUGGUGAUUGUAAUUGUGAGAACUCUGCACAAUUAUUGCGGUCUUCCAUGCCUGAGGCAGAUAUGUUGCCCUCAGUGUCCAACUGGUUGUUAGUGGAGAGCAAUGUGAAUAGGACUGGUAAUCUUAGCGGUUCCAAUUCUUCUAAGAUCCCUGCCUCCCCAUUCUAGCGUUCUCUUAGUUCACCUUAUCAAGUUACGACGUGUUGAAUUCCAUGAAAGGCGGUGAAAAAUUAGCACGCGGGUCAUCAAAGCAGCAUAUGAUGCCGAUGGAUGGUGUAAAAGUUUGUUUACCUCCAGUAGCGCCGUGCACAAAGACGGUGAUGGAUGCAAAGAAGGGAAGGAAAGUUUCUGGCCAUCAAGAAGAGUGUACAUUCUCUAAAGAUGCUCAAUAACCACUAUCUCCAGGGAGGUUUGCCAAUGCAAAAGCAGAGGCCACUAUGCAAGCUCAGAAAAGGGAAGCUGAGAGAGGCAGGGAAGACUCUGAAUUCAUCCAUGAAGAUCAUGGACGCCAUUGCUUUGCAUGUCGAAAGCUUCAUGCCCAAGGUGCAAUGCAAUCCAUGCAUGUUGUAUCAUCAUCCCUUCCUCUUGCCUUUCUCAAAUGUUAGAAACUUGCUUGAUGCAGGCUGAACAAUUGGAAGUUUUCAUUUCUGAACUAGCCAGAGUGGUCAGUAGAGAAAGAGUUGUUAUUGAAGAAAGUGGUGAUUUGUUGUCCAAUAGAUACUUGUCCCAGGUGGAGUGUAGCUUGAGAGGCCAGAUUAUUCAAUUUCACUGAUAACGUCAGUCAAUUUCUUGAAGGAUAAGGCUUAACAGCAGCAUCUGAUACAUUCACGGCACUGGGAAUUAGGUGCCAUGAUGAUUGCUUGUCUUCGCUUGGUGAAGGAAGUCGCACAGAAGAGUAAACAUUCAAUAUAUUGAGACACAUUCAGUUUCCUCCACAGAAAAGCCAGGGAAAAGAUGCAAGUUCACCUUGAUUCUUUCAUUAUUUCUGCAAGUAUUGUAUAUACUUCGGCACAAUAAUACUGAUUUUUGGCUGUAUGCUUUGUCAUGAGUUUUAUAUCUUAUAGUCAUAAUUGAUUCGCUAA